AUGGAUGCUGCGCAUCACAGACUCAACGAGAGUGAAGCAGCGCCUGCCACCGACCCAAAUGCCCAAGCAGUGGAUGCACUGGGUCACAGGACCCAAGUGGUCGCAGGCUUUUGGAGGCUUUGCCUUCGAAGACUCCGCCCUUCGGAACCGGUGCCAGGGCAAGGAUCGAAGCUCCUCGACAGAGCAGUGCAGCAGCUCUUCGAAGGCUUGGUCCGGGAAGCCUCGGAAAAGCAGAGGCAGCGAGCAGCCCUGGGCAUUCAGGCGACCGGCGCCAAGGCCAACCGGGAGGCCCUCUACUUGGAUCCGACACACCGUGAUCGAUGGGAGAAGUUGUCUCGCAGCUUCCUGGAGAGGGCUUCGGAAAGGAUGCAGGCAGGUGACGCUCUGGAUGUUUGCGAACUUCGUCGCCUCGCAGCUUUGCAACAUUUCCUAGAGGUCGAUGUUGCCGACUUGUACCUGCCUGCGCAGCAGAGGUGCAGCGAUGACGCCUACUUGCCAGAGCCGCUUUGCGACGUCUGCGUGCAAUUCCUGAUGGAUGUCACGCGUGGAGUCUAUGUGGUUAAAGGCAGCCGCUACGACUUUGAGGUCGCGUUGGCAGAGUCCGGACUGGAUAUCGAGAAGCAAAGCUUGGAGGUCGAAAACCUCAAAGAAGUCUUCUCUUCCAAGGUGGCUGCGGAUGUCCGGCGUCAUCUCACGGAGUCCGAUGCCGGGCACAUGGCACGAAGGGGUGCAAACCAGCUCGUGCAGGCAGUGACGGCCCUGCUGACGCAGUCAGGCUUGGCAAACAUUGAACGAGCCUGCGGGGACCACGUUAUCGUCAGCGGCGGUGACCAAGAGCUUUACUUCGAGCUGAAGCAGGGGCCACCAAGAUGCUGGGAUCUCGUCCUCUCUUGCAAGAAGACGAACUUCACCAGCUUCAUGCUCAACUCGCGGAGCGACGCAAUGGAGGUUCUGGCCUGUUCUCCCUGCUCCCGCAUCGAAAGGUUUGCUGUCAUACGCCUCAUGGCGCAAUUGCAGUCGCUCUCUGUGGAGGUGCUGGAAUUCCGUUCCGAGGUGGAGCUCCAGAACGAAUUGGGUCUGCCAAUCUCACUGCCGCGCCCAGAGACAGAGGUUGGAGUCAGAUGA